AUGGCGCGCGCCGGCGUCUCCACCGCGCCGCUCUCCCGCCUCCACUCCCUUCCACCACGGCCUUCCCUCCUCCACAACACGCAGCCGAACGUCCUCCUCCUCCGCCCCCAGCAGCGCAAGGCGCCCGCCACCACCGCGGCGGCGCUGCCGACGGCCGCGGACCUCUCGGAGCUAUCCCUCCCGGCCGCGGCCGCCGCGGCGGCCGCGCUGGCGGCGGCGGUGUCUCUGUCCGACCCGGAGCGCCGGCGGCGCGCGCAGGCCGAGGCGGCGGGCGGUGGGGACAAGGAGGCCGUCCGCGCCUACUUCAACUCGACGGGGUUCGAGCGGUGGCGCAAGAUCUACGGGUCGGCGACGGAGGGCGUGAACCGCGUGCAGCUGGACAUCCGCGAGGGCCACGCGCAGACGGUGGCGGCGGCGCUGUCCAUGCUGCGCGACUCCCCGCUGGAGCUGUCGGGCGCCACGGUGUGCGACGCCGGGUGCGGGACGGGGUCGCUGGCCAUCCCGCUCGCGGCCGAUGGCGCCGACGUCCUGGCCUCCGACAUCUCGGCGGCCAUGGUGUCGGAGGCGCAGCGGCAGGCGGCGCUGGCGCAGGCGACGGCGCCGGGGUCGACGUUCCGGAUGCCACGGUUCGAGGUCCGCGACCUGGAGAGCCUGGAGGGGCGGUACGACGUGGUGGUGUGCCUGGACGUGCUCAUCCACUACCCGCGGGAGGAGGCGCGCGCCAUGAUCCGCCACCUCGCGUCGCUGGCGGACAAGCGGCUGCUCAUCAGCUUCGCGCCCAGGACGCUCUACUUCGACAUCCUCAAGCGCGUCGGCGAGCUGUUCCCGGGCCCGUCCAAGGCCACGCGCGCCUACCUGCACGCCGAGGCCGACAUCGAGGACGCGCUCCGCCAGGCCGGAUGGCGCGUCGCCAACCGCGGCUUCAUCUCCACGCAGUUCUACUUCGCCAAGCUCUUCGAAGCCGUGCCCGUCGCCUCCUCGUCGUCGUAG